AAUAGCUAUGAUUACGGCCGCUUACGUCUUGCUGGCCGGAGACUAAAUUAUAUGGGUGAGUCUGGCGCGCUCUGUGUAUAGAUUGAAGACGCGCGCGCGAGCGGUGUGCCGCGCUAUUGGAGCGAGACUUUAGAUCUCUCGGGAAGAGAUAGGUUUAGGGACGGUUUACGGUUGAAACUUUAGAAAGGAUAUUACACUCUGCGAUAAGAAUCGUUCAUUGUGAUCGCGUAUCGCGGAUGUUUACGAACUAGAAAGUAAAAAUCACAGGAACGAAACAUUAGUUUGUUCGAUGGUAGAUUUUCUCGGUACUGGCACGAAGAAGAAGAAGAAAGGAAUUACGUUACACGUGCAUUACAUCACAAUGAGAUCUUUCAGCGCGUUUUACUUUCAAAACUAUAACCGGUGAUUUUGAUCCGCUCUCUACGCGUUACAUGUUGAGAGAUGCUGAAAAUCGUCAACCAGACGUCAAACAGCAGUUUUUAGCUUCAUCUUGUCACUUCGUAUCGAGCGACUGAUUUCGAUUUACUUUUCACUCUACUUCAAGUCAUAACAAGAUUUCAAACAACAACGUUAAACUCGAUCUCGGACGACUUUAAAUUACUACUAAAUUUACGAUUUUGAUCGACUCUUUACUCUACAUCUUGAAAGACAAUGAAGAUCGCUAUCGGGUCAUAAACAAGAAUUUAUUUUUCUAAAAACUCGUGUCGAUUGUGUAUACGAUCAAUUUAAGAAGUCUUAUUUUACUAUAAUCCCGUACAAAAAGGGUGACAUCGAUGCGAAGACACGAUUAAAUGGUUCAAACCCGGUUAAGCUUCUACGUACCUCUGUUGCGUCAAAUAUCUCGAUUGAAUUCGGAGCGCGGAUCGACUAGUACGAAGCGAUCCAACAAAUUCCACGAAUUCCUUUCUAAAAAUUGCUAGAAGAUCAUCGGUAACGCGAUGCUAAAGAGAAAGAAUCUCUGGCUGGGACUUUUCUCAAGCCAGCUAACGCAGCCAGUCCUCUUUACGCAGCCGGUAAUCAGUCCUCUGCGGCGGUAUCAUCGGCACGGAGCACGCGGAACGGUGUUACUUUGGGGAGCAGAGAGUGGAGGAGUGUAGUGUCCCGCAAAGUGGGGAACCGAUGGGAGGUAUCUGGAUAGUUGGUUUCGAGGAAGCUAGCAGUUCAGGAUUGGUUAAAAGAUCGGGCCAGGUUGGGGCCCAUUGGUGGGUCAGAGAACAGGCGUAUACCUGUGGGCAGGUACGACUGUCCUCUGUUAACGGGGGAAAAUCGAGUUACCGACGGGACUCCGUGGUUCUCCUUAGGCGCGUUCGACGCAGUCGAACAGGUCGCAGCGAUCGCUAAGCGCCAGUCCUCUCCCGUCCAUCGACGUGGCCGCACCGUGACUCGUGGAUGUUCGAGAGAGACAGAGACAGACGAUAACACGUAGAGAAAAAAAAUUUAGAUCGGGGACGGCCGAGGAAAAAGAGGGAGGAGGACAGAGAAAGACGAAGAAGAGACGGUGCGGAGAGCUGGAAACUACACUCGGAUUCGCUUGGAUCAUCGAGAGCAGAGCACUCGGGGGCAGUCGAAGGAUUUGCAUCGAGGGAACGGUACAGAAAUAAUCUGACGCGUGUCCUUCCGAGGGGGUGAAGUCGAUCGCGUGACAUAGUCCCAGCAACGUGUAUGAACGAUUGCGUUUCGUGGUUACCGCGCUUCGACAAAAGCGAACAAACGCGCGCACGGUGUCCGGUGCACCACGCCACGUGACCGAUCGCCGUUGAACAACAACAUUUUUCGGGCAGUGUGUGUCGAACAAGAUCGGACGGUCUCGCGAGAAACUUGUUCGGUUAUUUGCUCGUCGAACAUCGAUGAACGAAGGUUAUGGUGUGUAACGUGUGAAAGAGGACUCGAGGACAAUCGAGGAACAAGGUUUAAGUUUGUGGUGUACUGAGGCAUCGGUUAACCCGUUCGUGUGGAUAUCAUCUGAUUACGAAGAUGAAUCAAGCGUGCAAGGUCUGUGGCGAGCCGGCCGCGGGUUUUCAUUUCGGAGCGUUCACCUGCGAGGGAUGCAAGUCGUUCUUCGGGCGCACCUAUAACAACCUGGGCAGCAUCUCCGAGUGCAAGAACGGGGGCGUGUGCGUGAUCAACAAGAAGAAUCGCACAUCGUGCAAAGCGUGUCGCCUACGAAAGUGUCUCGUGGUCGGGAUGUCAAAGUCAGGCUCGCGGUAUGGCCGUCGUUCGAACUGGUUCAAGAUCCACUGUCUCCUUCAAGAACAAACGAACGGAAAUCAAAAUAUGACCCCAGGAGCAGUUACGCCGUUUGGACCGGGCUUUCUACCAGGAUUCCUUCCUCAGGCUCAAAGACCUCAAAACGGGGUAUUCAAAGAUGGAACGGAACGUGCUUCACCCAGUCAGGAAGAUUUAGCCCUCCAAUCGCAUCUGUUGCAAGUGGCGAUGCUGAAGCAGGAACAAGAAAGGGGAAGCAAGUCUCCCCACCCGGAUGACGUAGCUCUUCAAAAUCAACUUCGUAUAUUAGCCUGGCAAAGGGAGCGUGAAAGGGUCGGUGAAAGUUCUCAACAGCCUCCGGGUACGCCGCCUAGUACAACACCUCCGCCAUUUUAUAGACAACAACACCACCAACAACAACAACAGCAACAACAGCAGCAACAACAACAGCAACAACAGCAACAACAACAGCAACGACUUCCAGGUUCUCCGAUGUUCCUAAUGAACUUCGCUCAAAGAGAUAGCGUUUGUGUGCCUAGCAGUCCAUCGGACGCCUUCAGACCGUACGUUCCAACUUAUAAAAGGACGACAGACACACCAAGCGAUAGUGGAGCGUCCUCGGUGGAUGGCGCCGAUGGUCAAGACACCGAAUCAAGGAGUAAUUCAGCAUUGAGUUACUUUAAAACCAGCGCUGCAUCGCCGACCUUGUCUGAGAGAGAUUUUCCACCUAGGAAGAUCAAUGCUACAGUCACAUUGACGACAGGAUACCAUCCUCAUCAAGGUCUGGGCCUAGUGUAUCCUCCACCUGGUUUAGUCACGCCAUCAACGUCUCAACUUUCGCCCAGAGGCGGCGACCUGCUUCUGGUCAGUCCGAGUCCAGGUGGUCUAGCUGUGGAGCAAGACGAACCGAUAGAUCUUAGUGUCAGAUCGAGCAGAAGCACUCCGGGACCCAGUCAAUCGUCAGAAGAGGCUAGUAGAUUAAACGAUAACAAUAGCGAUCCCGAUAGCCCUGCGAAAGAGGAAGCCACGACGAAGAGCAAGCCCUUGGAUCUAACGUUAGGUGUGAAGAGGCCAGAGUUACCUAUAUCGCUAUGAAGCUUCUGGCGGUUUGAUAGACCCACGACGCCUGGCCUUGUUCACUUCUUAUUGACGCGCCCUGAGUUCUGUUGAAUUCUCGCUGGAAGAAUCGAACGGCCUAGUCACUCAGCUGGUCUGUCUGAAAACAGAAAAACCGACGUCACAGGAUGAUGAUGGAUUUUGAAAUGGAGAAAUGGAUAUUUGAGAAAAUUAGAUAAAAUGGAAGAUUCUGAUUAGACAAAAUGGAGAAGGUAAUGAAGUUGUAUAACUGAUCGUUAGGAGAUAGCUAGGUUUCUUUAGCGAAACUGCAGCGAAAUGCCGAUAACACACCACGAAAAUGUGUUCAAAUUUGUACAUAGAUCACGGCCCGUCAAGAGAUUAAUUUAUUAUGACCGACAACAUUAUCAUUAAUUUGUGAAUCGCUGUUAAAUUCUUUGUUUUAACGCGCGAAGGUUGCAUCACAUAUAUAACUAACUGUAUAAAAUGGAUCGGAGAAUCGCGAAUAUACCGGCCAGUAGUGAAGUGCCUUAAUAUAAUAUAUUUAUAUUUCAAAUACUCUAUAUUAUAUAUGUAAAUGUUCACAUGGAACAGACCGCCUUAGAAUCUUAUCUUCGUUCUACGCGCGAUUCAUCCUUGUAAAUUGUAUUCUUCUUCAUGAUUGUGGAUGGUUCGCCUAGCUAAGAGUACGUGGGCGCGGAGAGAAAGAGGAAGAGAGAGGAAGAGUGCGAGAAAGAGGGAGAGAAAGAGAGAGUGAAAGAGGCAGAGAAGAAGACGAUUGGUAACGAUCGCAUCCGUAUCCCUGUCGCAACGAAAAACCAGUUAAUAAAAAUAAACGAGAGGAGUGACGUCACGUCGGUGCAUAAGACAAACGAGCAUCUUGUAAAUAAGCAAAAGGAAGGUAGGGGAAGGAAUAAAAAGUUACACGUGCGUUUAAAUUAAGAGAGGGGAGACUCGGCUACGAUUGGGAGUACGCUUCUGCUAUGUUUCAGCUUGAUGUACGAACCUCUCGAUUUGCUUAACGGACCACAACGUUUUUAUAUUCUGAUGUUCUCUCCUCCUGAUUCUCCUUAUCUGUUUAUCUCUUUUAUUUUGUACAUAAUAGUAUGUAAAUGGUGAACACGAGCGGCCAGUACCUAAAUUUAACGCGAAAUUAAAUAUUUUUUUGUUUAAUCCCUA